UUAUAUAACUUUCUUCACAGGAUCUUUCACAAUCAGUGAAAUGAUGAGACAUGGAGAGAAUGCACUGCGACAUGGCGGACUUCUCUGAUUACUGCAACUUAGACGACCACAAACAGUUCUUGGUCUGCAACAUUUCUCAAGUAAAGGCCUUCAGCAGAGUGUUCCUCCCUACCCUCUACAGCAUCGUCUUCAUCGUGGGCUUCAUCGGAAAUGCUCUGGUGUUGUGUGUCCUGGUCAAGUACCGCAAAAGUUCAAACGUGUCGGACCUGUGUCUCUUCAACCUGGCCCUUUCAGACCUCCUCUUCCUGAUCUCACUGCCUUUCUGGGCUCAUUACGCUGCCAUAGCUGAGUGGAUCUUCGGGAGCUUCAUGUGCCAUGCGGUAACAGCGUUCUACAUGCUGGGAUUCUAUGGAAGUAUCUUCUUCAUGAUCUUAAUGACUACUGAACGCUAUGCCGUCAUUGUCCACCCCUAUACCUCCCUCUUCUCCAAGUACCGGUCGGUCAGAGCUAGCAUAGCUAUGGCUUUGUUUAUGUGGGCACUUAGCUUAGGAGCCUCACUUCCAAACAUCAUUUUCUCCCAAGUGAAGAAUGACUCGAACGUAUGGACAUGCAAAUUAGAAAAUCCUAAUGGGACAAUGUGGAGGCAGUUCUCUUAUAUUGAGCUGAACGUCGUCGGCUUGAUUAUUCCUCUCUCUGUGAUGGUGUUCUGCUACUCGCGUAUCAUCCCCAUUUUAAUGACCAUGAAAUCUCAGAAAAAACAAAAGGCUGUGAGGCUCAUGCUGGUCUUGGUCAUUGUUUUCUUUCUCUUCUGGACGCCCUACAACAUCGUCAUCUUCAUGAAGUUCCUGCAUCACUUGGGCUACAUGAACACGUGUCAGUGGGAGCAGGACCUGAACAUGGCUAUGCAGUGGGUGGAAACCAUAGCGUUCAGUCACUGCUGCCUCAACCCCAUCAUCUACGCCUUUGUGGGUCAGAAAUUCAGGAAUUUAUUCCUAAAGAUCCUGAAAGAGUGGUUUCCUCUUUGCUUUGGUCGUGGUAUAACAAUUGAGAGUGAGUUCCCACAGAGUAGAAACGUUAUGUACUCGCGCAGCUCCACAAUGUCCAGCACAAAGACAAAAUCCUAACACUAACUGUUAUCACCAAGUCCUACUGUAUUUUACAUGCCGUGUGAAUACACAAAGCUUAGUUCUACAUUUUGAGUGAGCAAUGUCUGAAUUUUAGAAUAUAAUCUACUAUGAAUAUUUAAUUUUUGGUAUAAUUUAACUGGUAAUUGUAAUCACAAUCAUUAUUUAGAGCUGACUGUAUUUAUACCUGCCCCUGGCAGGGAUAAAGCUUUUUUUGACAUCACACUUGUAAAUUCUUUUUGGUGUUGUCAAGUUUGUACACGUUUUGCAGUUGACGCAGGUUUUAACAGGUUUAGCCGACGCUAAAGUAAAUGAAUGAAGUUGUUCUUUAACUCAUUUAAUUGAUUGGUUGCACAUGUCAAGUGAAGUAGAUGAGCUUUUCUUUAUUUAUAUAAUAAAAAACGUCUUAUGACUGAUUGCUUUUGUGCAUCACUUUGAUGAGCGAUUAGAUUUCCAGGCUGCUCAAAAGAAAUUCACACCAUAUGUACUGUAUUACUGCUUCAGAAAAUGAUGUCACCCAAUUACCGUCAUAUUGUGGCAUAUCAUAUAAUAUGUUUAAUAUACUUUUUAUUUAUUCA